GCGACUGCGGCCGUUCUUGCAGUACACCAGGCAGGAGCCGCCGCUGCGCACCGCGGCCUCCAUGGCGGCACAGGUGGGCUCCAGGUUUGAAGAGGAGAGAUAUGGAAGAAGUUCGUUCUCUUGUUACCCCGGACUCCCAAGGCUCGAAAACUUUUAGCUCCAGAGGUCUGGAGGGGCAAAGUGGUCCAUCUCUUGACACUGAGAGCCAGGAUUCCGUGAAGAGCUACACCUUCUUCUCCAGAAGGGGCCGUCCAGGGGGUCUCAGAGAGGAUGAGGAGGAGUCUGAAGGCACCGUGGGGGAUCAGGACCUGAAGGGGGCCUACAUGCAGCUCGUCCAAGGCGUUCAGGAGUGGCAGGAUGGCUGUGUUUACAAAGGGGAGUUCGGACUCAACAUGAAGCUUGGAUACGGCGAGUUCUCUUGGCCCACAGGCGAGGCCUAUCGUGGGCAGUUUUACCGGGACCAUUACCACGGCAUGGGCACCUACACGUGGCCGGAUGGCUCCAGCUUCACGGGCACGUUUUAUCUCAGCCAACGAGAAGGCUACGGCACCAUGUACACGAAAACAAAGUUAUUCCAGGGGCUGUAUAGGGAGGACCAGAGGUUCGGGCCAGGCAUCGAGACCUACCCUGACGGCAGUCAGGACGUUGGACUGUGGUUCCGUGAGUACCUCCUCAAACUGUGCACAAGGGUUCCCAGCAGCUUCUCCUUGAUAAACUACCCAGAAUUCCUGGCCUUCCUCACAAGCUCAAGAAAGAAAAUCAGUCUUUCAGAUGACGAGGUGGAGUUGGGUGUUUCUGAGGAGCAGGACCCUUUCUUCUAUGACUAUAAACAGUAUCUCCUGAAUGAUGACCUAAAGCUGCCUCCAGAGAUGCACGUCUAUUCGACCGACAACAGUCACCUGCCCAUGACCGACUCCCUGCGCAAAGAGCUAGAUGACCACAUCUUCAGGAAUGAGAUCCCUCCGUUCAUUGAGGACGAAGAACCCUGGCUUAUAACGAAUGAGACUCCUUUGCUGGUCAAAAUCCAGAAGCAAACUUACAAGUUCAGGAACAAGGUGGCUCACACCAGCUGGAACAUACCUGCCAUCCUGGAGGGGAACCGCAGCAAGUUUGGGCCCAGUGGCCCCAAGGAGCAGAUUUCCAAGAAGAUGAUUAUGAAGGCUGAGGAAGGGGACUAUAACUGGAUUUUUGGAAUCUUGAGGGACAACCUCGCCUGUGCUGACGUGGCUGACUCCAAGGGUUACACUGUGCUCGCCGCUGCAGCUAUGCAUUCUCACCUGGACAUUGUGAACCUCCUCCUGGAUUACGGAGCUGACGUGAACAAGCGCUCGGAUGAGGGCGUCACACCCCUGAGCAUGUGUUUUCUCCAGUAUUAUCCCAGCAAGUCCUUCCAUCCCAACAUCGCCGAGAGGACCCUGCUUCAGGAAUCUCCUAAAGCCUUGGUCACCCCCAAAAUUUCAUUCUUGUUUGCGGACCCAAGCAUAGAUUAUCUCUACGAUACGGGUGUACCCAUAUUAGGCGGAGAGGAAUUAAAGACAUCUCUGCACCCCUCGAGCAGCCUAGAUGACUCCCUGUUCUCUGUACCAUCCCCGGAGUCCAACAACAUGCUUCAGAAGCCGGAAGCCUCCCCAGUGAAGACCGUCAGCCCUGAGGUAGAGAAAGAGGCGAAAGAGGCGGAGGAAGCAACAGAAAAUGUGGAUGCUAGCACCUUGUACAGCGUCGACACAAACUUCGAGUCUACCAAGUGCCUGCGAAACUACACUAUCAAUGUCUCAAGGGACAUUCUGGAGAAGAGUGCCCAGGCCUACAGUUCGUUGCUGCAGCCUCCCUGCGUCUCAUACAAAGGGACUGUGAGGAAAAUGGCGCAGACCAUGGCUGAACGCAGAAACCGUUGGAUGACCAUCAUGUUGCUGUUGCGUAGAGGUGCUGACCCUAACCUAUGUCAAGUGCCCAUGCAGGCUCUGUUUCUUGCCGUGAAGGCUGGGGAUGUGGAGGGCGUGAGGCAGCUACUGAUGAGCGGGGCCCAGACGGAUAUUCAGUAUCCUCCACAGCUGCAGUCCCUGACCCCGCUCCACAUCGCAGCCUCACUUCCUGGGGAGGAGGGCGUGAAGAUCACGGAGCUGUUGCUCCAUGCGGUCACUAACGUGGACGCCAAGGCAGCCGACCAAGACUACGUCUACAAAGGUGGCAAGGGUGAUCUCCUGCCCUCAAGCCUGAAGCUCAACAACGAACCGGGCCCACCCAAGAGCUACUACUCUACGCACACACUCAUCCCAGAGGAGGGCGGGCGCACAGCGCUGCACGUGGCCUGUGAGAGAGAGGACAACAAGAAGUGUGCCAGGGACAUCGUGCGGCUCCUGCUGUCCCACAGGGCGAAUCCAAACAUGCUGUGGAGUGGCCACUCCCCGCUCUCCCUGUCCAUUGCCAGUGGGAAUGACCUGGUUGUAAAGGAGCUCCUGGCUCAGGGAGCCGACCCCAACUUGCCUCUGACCAAAGGCCUGGGCACUGCCCUGUGUGUUGUGUGUGACCUGGUCUAUGAGCAGCAGAGGAGCACCGACAACAAGAUUGCCCUGAUUGACCGGCUCAUUAGCUACGGGGCGGAUGUCUUGAAUCCCGUGACACUUGUGCAAGGCGAAAGGACAGCUGUGGGCACGGCAGUAGACUAUGGCUACUUCAAGUUCUACCAGGACCGGAAGAUCGCCCACUGUCCCUUCCACGCUCUGAUGCCAGCAGAGCGGGAGAUAUUCAUGGCCCGGAAAAGGUUGCUGGAAUACUUGGGCUUGCAGUUGCGGCUUGCCGUCCUCAACAAGGAAAGCCGGCUGGACUCGAAGGCACUGUACCUGAGCAAGAGAGCAGAGCUUGCUCCCUGCCACAGGCUGAAGAAGAGAGGCUCCGGCCAGGUUAAGACCCCAACUGUGGAGAAGCAGCCCCUUCCCUUUUACAAGUUUUGCUAUCAGUGUGGCCGCUCCAUUGGGGUCCGUCUCUCACCCUGUCCCCGCUGCUAUGGGAUCCUGACCUGCAGCAAGUACUGCAAGACCAAGGCCUGGAUUGAGUUCCAUAAAAAGGACUGCAAUGACAUCAUGGCCAUGAGGAGGACUCUCCAGUUCCAAAUGUCCCAGGUGUUCAUGAAGGUCCAGUCUGAAAAGUACCUGGGGCAGAAGAACCAGGUGCCCAAGAGUGCCCAGCUCAAAGACAACUGGGAACAGAAGAACCAGGUGCCCAAGAGUGCCCAGCUCAAAGACAUCCAGGAGCAGAAGAACCACAUGUCCAGGAGGGCCCAGCUCAAAGACAACCUGGAACAGAAGAACCACGUGUCCAAGAGUGCCCUGCUCAAAGACAACCUGGAACAGAAGAACCACGUGUCCAAGAGUGCCCGGCUCAAAGACAACCCGGAGCAGAAGAACCACGUGUCCAAGAGUGCCCUGCUCAAAGACAACCUGGAACAGAAGAACCACGUGUCCAAGAGUGCCCGGCUCAAAGACAACCCGGAGCAGAAGAACCACGUGUCCAAGAGUGCCCAGCUCAAAGACAACCUGGAGCAAAAGAACCAGGGGCCCAAGAGUGCCCGGCUCAAAGACAACCUGGAACAGAAGAACCACGUGUCCAAGAGGGCCCAGCUCAAAGACAUCCAGGAGCAGAAGAACCACGUGUCCAAGAGUGCCCACCUCAAAGACAAUCUGGAGGAGAACCACGUGUCCAAAAGUGCCCACCUCAAAGACACCCAGGAGCAGAAGAACCAGGUGCCCAAGAGUGCCCAGCUCAAAGACAACCCGGAGCAGAAGAACCACAUGUCCAAGAGUGCUCAGCUCAAGAAGAACCAGAAGCAGAACCACCAGGUGUCCAGAAGGAAAGCCUGGACUGCCUGACAUGGCGCUCCACCUGCAGUCACCAGUGAGCACCUCCAUGCCCAACUCUUCCCACAGGGAGGCUCUACUGAGUCUCUACCUCACUCCAUAGCUAGCUAUCCUGGCCAUUCAAGGAGAAAGGAUUGCACCCUCCCCUCUCCCUGGGAAAAAAUCUGGCUACUUGGCACCAGGGUUUCCCAGGACUUACAAGAAGGCAGGGUAUGGAUACAGCCCCUGCCCUGGGCCUGGGCACUGCAAUUAUCCUUGGGUGGAAUCCAAUACCCAGCCAGAACUGUGCCCUUUGGAGGAGUCUCCCUUCUGGGAGCUGUGGCCCAGCAGCAUGUGGGGUGGGGCCCUGCUCCCUGUGCUUACAUAGCCCUCACUGAAUGGCAACACUGUAAAAUGUGCUUGGGCAGCAGUGGGCCCCAGCUCCCAGCUAAAGCACACAUGCCACAUGGCUGAGAGGGGCUUCGUCUAGUCUGGGCUACUGAGUGAGCUUCCUAGCAAUGGAGGUAGGCACUAUGUUCACAGGGCUGGGUCAGCUCCUUGAGGUGAGGGUGAACUAGCCCUGAACAUUUCUGUAGAUGUAGGACAGCUUAGGACAGACUGACACAUCAGGACAUCCCUGUUCUCUACACGGCUCUCUUGGGUACCUCUGAGGCUCCCUGGCAGGAACGAGAACUUUCUUAUGGCUAGAAUGAUGGCACAUACAUUGAGGUAGGUUAAAGAGGUAGAAGGCUGGUGGAGCCCACACAGGCUGGCUGGCUCUGAUAUCCUGGCCCCCUCCUCUCAUGAACGUUGGCAUGUUCUGUUGGCACAGACAGGCGUUUUCCCAGGUAGGAUUUGGAGAUGUUCGAUGGUUGCCACCGCCUGGAAACCAUCUUUGGUUACAGGCACUGGUUGCAGACUUUGGUACAGGCACAACCCAUUUUCAACACCCUUCCAGAUCUGUGCUCUGCCAUAUGCGUACCAUGUUCACAUGCACACACAUCCAGUCUUACCAGUUUACACAAGGUCAUGUCCACUGUAGGUCUCCAGCCUUUAAUUCAUACAAGGACUCAAAGAACACACAUUACCCAGUGGCACCGAGUGACAGGGAGCCUCAUGGAGAAAGGAACACAGUAGCCUGGCCACUAUGCUGGCUGUCCUGACACCCAGGCACUCAUCCCAGAGCCCAGGUCUGGCUCCCGGUGCCCUUGCCUGAGUAGCACUAGCAGGGCGGUGCUGGGUGAGUGUGCUCAGGGCAUAGGCCCAACAAAUCCACAGACCAACUAUGGAGAAUACCCCUCCUGGAUCAGGCAGGGGACCCAACUACUGGGUAGGCCUUGGUGAUGUGCUGGCGGUAGCCUCUCUAACCCA